ACGCUUAAUUUUUUUGCUUUGUCGAAGAAGAGUGAGGUGAGUUCGGUAGUUCGUUCAUGUAUGAUUUUUUAUCUGGAGAAACCCGUGUUCCGCUAAGAAAAAGACUUAUUAAAACGUGUCCUUUUGUGUCCGAUGUCUAGUGCUGAAACGGUAGACAGUUCCGUCGUUCCUCCGAAUAAGAAACGGAAGCUAGACUCGCACGCUAAAGCCCCCGAAAUGGCGAACAAUGGAUUGGCUUCUAGUUCCGCACAAGCCGGUGACAUUGAUGAGGGGCUAUAUUCGAGACAGCUUUACGUUUUGGGACAUGAUGCUAUGCGUAGAAUGGCUACCAGUGAUGUUCUAAUUUCUGGUCUAGGUGGUUUAGGGGUUGAAGUUGCCAAGAAUGUAAUUUUGGGUGGAGUAAAAUCGGUUACACUCCAUGAUGAAAAAGUAACAACAAUAACUGAUCUUUCAUCCCAGUUCUUCCUAUCGGAGAAUGAUAUUGGCAGGAAUCGAGCAGAAGCUAGCUGCAAGCAGCUUGCAGAAUUAAACACCUAUGUCCCUACUAGAGCUUACACAGGACCCUUAGAGGAGGACUUCAUUAAAAAGUUUCGUGUUGUUGUUUUAACAGCAUCUACUCGAGCAGAGCAACUCAGAAUUAGUGAAAUAACUCACACCAAUAAUAUUGCGCUGGUUAUCGCGGAUACCAAAGGACUUUUUGGUCAGGUGUUUUGUGAUUUUGGAGAAAAGUUUACAGUGGUUGAUGUUAAUGGAGAACCUACUGUGUCUGCAAUGAUUGCUGAUAUUACUAAUGAUAAGGAGGGAGUGGUGACAUGUAUAGAUGAUACAAGACAUGGCAUGGAAGAUGGCGAUUAUGUCACUUUUUCUGAAGUUCAGGGCAUGACCGAGCUUAAUGGGUGCUCCCCCUUGAAAAUCAAGGUUUUAGGGCCAUACACAUUUAGUAUAGGUGAUACCAGCAGUUUUUCGAAAUAUGAAAGGGGCGGUAUUGCUUGCCAGGUCAAAAUGCCUAAAGAUAUACACUUUAAACCACUCAAGGAAUCUCUGGCGAAUCCAGAUUUCCUCCCAACAGAUUAUGGUAAAUUUGAUUACCCUGCACAGUUGCAUCUUGCAUUUACUACCUUGCACAGUUUCAUUGAAAGAUUUGGCCGGAUGCCCCAGCCUUGGAAUAGUGAAGAUGCUGCUGAAUUUUUAAACAUUGCGGUAACUCAUUCAACUGGUGAUGGUGAAUUAAAUACUAGUUUGUUGGAGACAUUCUCAAAGAUAUGCGGUGGUGACAUAAACCCAAUAAAUGCAACAAUUGGUGGUAUAGUAGCCCAAGAGGUGAUGAAAGCAUGCACUGGCAAAUUCCAUCCCAUCAUACAGUGGCUUUACUUUGAUGCUCUAGAGUGUCUGCCAACUGAUAAAUCUGAUAUAACCGAAGAACUAGCUAUGCCACUUGGAUCACGUUAUGAUGGACAGAUCGCAGUAUUUGGUCGAGAGUUUCAAAAAAAAUUGGGAGCUUUGAAGUACUUCAUUGUUGGCGCUGGGGCAAUCGGUUGCGAAUUAUUGAAAAACUUUGCCAUGAUGGGAAUUGGGUCUGAUGGAGGACAAAUUAUAGUAACGGACAUGGAUCUGAUUGAGAAAUCUAACUUGAACCGGCAGUUUUUAUUUAGACCCCAUGAUGUACAAAAACCGAAGUCUGCCACUGCCGCUAAGGCCAUCAAAAAAAUGAACUCUCAGGUCAACAUUUUAUCUCACGAAAAUCGGGUUGGACCCGAAACAGAAAGCGUAUACAAUGACGCUUUCUUUGAAAAUUUGGACGGCGUCGCGAACGCUUUGGACAAUGUGGAUGCUCGCAUAUAUAUGGACAGGAGGUGCGUGUACUACCGCAAACCUCUCUUGGAGUCCGGCACUUUGGGCACUAAAGGUAAUACCCAAGUGGUAGUGCCAUUUUUGACAGAGUCAUACAGUUCUUCUCAAGAUCCCCCGGAAAAGAGCAUCCCCAUAUGUACCCUUAAAAACUUCCCCAAUGCUAUCGAACAUACUUUGCAGUGGGCCAGGGACUCCUUUGAAGGUUUAUUCAGGCAAAGCGCUGAAAAUGCGUCCCUGUACCUCACCGAUCCCGAUUUUAUGGAUCGCACCCUGAAGUUGCCGGGCGUACAACCGCUGGAGGUCCUAGAGUCUGUCAAAGCCGCGCUCGUAGAUGACAGACCAAAAUCGUUUGAAGACUGUAUAACUUGGGCUCGAAAACAUUGGCAGGAACAAUACAGCAAUCAAAUUAAGCAGCUCCUUUUCAAUUUCCCGCCGGAUCAGUUAACGACCACGGGUCAGCCGUUUUGGUCCGGCCCGAAACGUUGUCCCGUGCCCCUGGAGUUCGACGUCAACGAGCCUCUCCAUUUAGACUAUGUAGUCGCGGCGGCCAAUCUCAAGGCCCAAGUGUACGGGAUACCUACCGACAGGAACCGGGUCUACGUUGCGGAAGUGGCGUCGCAGGUCGAGGUGCCGAAAUUCGUUCCGAAAUCGGGCGUGAAGAUCGCCGUUACCGAUUCACAAAUGGCCGCCAACGGCAACAACGUCGACAUGGACCGCGUCGCCCAAAUUCGGGCCGAAUUACCCUUGCCGAAGGAGUUCUCGAAGCUCAGACUGACGCCGUUGGACUUUGAAAAGGACGACGACUCCAAUUUCCACAUGGACUUCAUCGUGGCCGCUUCUAAUCUCAGGGCCGCGAAUUACAAGAUCCCGCCCGCCGACAGGCACAAAUCGAAACUUAUUGCCGGAAAAAUAAUCCCUGCCAUCGCUACCACCACAUCGGUCGUAGCUGGAUUGGUGUGCAUCGAACUCUACAAAUUGGUUUUGUCACAGAAGAGCAUUGAACCCUUCAAAAAUGGUUUCGUCAAUCUUGCUCUCCCUUACUUUGGUUUUAGCGAGCCCAUAGCCGCACCUCAGCUGGAAUACUGUGGAAACAAAUGGACCCUGUGGGAUAGAUUUGAAGUCCAGGGCGAGAUGACUUUAAGAGAGUUCCUGAAGUACUUCAAGGAUAAUCACAAGUUGGAAAUUACUAUGUUGUCCCAAGGCGUCUGCAUGCUGUAUGCAUUCUUUAUGCAAGCGGCAAAGGCCAACGAGAGGCUGGACCUCACGAUGUCCGAAGUUGUGAGGAGAGUGUCCAAGAAACAAAUCGAGCCGCACGUUAGGGCUCUCGUAUUUGAAUUGUGCUGCAACGAUGAAGCCGGUAAUGACGUGGAAGUCCCGUAUGUCAAAUAUAAUUUGUAUUAGGGGAGAGUUGAUCAGAACUGAUGUGUACGAUUUAGAGAUGGAAUUGUGAUGUUUAAAUUAUUAUUUUUAUCCCUACUAAUUAUAUAAACUAGCAAAUUUGAGUAAUAAAUUUGUAGUAAAUCCGACGGCAUUAUUACGUUUACACAGUGCUAAAUUUAAAUCACUUUCGUUUGAGGGGGACCGGUUUUGUGGAAGUGGAUGCAAUAUUGUUACUAUCUUUAUCUCUGAUGUACUUUUAAGGUUUAGUAUCAGUUAACAAUAAGCGAUUAUUUUCAUAAAGGUGUGAAAUUUAAUAAAAUGUUUU